UUCAGGGAUGAACGGAACUAGCCGCACACAGCCAGCCACAGGUCGUUUGUAGGCUGAACGCUGAGAUGCAAGUCCCCUGUACAGCUGUCCGCCCCCGAUUUCGUGACCGGAGUGGCGAACAGGGUUUCCUUUUGCCUUCGCUGCCAGCAGCCUGACAGCCAGAACCCAAAGCUGGAUAUCGUUUGACACGGCUGCUUGCCCGGGCUGCAAAGUCUUGACUGCGGUCCUAGAUCGCGAGCCGGAGCCAGGCAUUGCGCACUAUGGCCAACGGACAGGCAGGCCCGGCCGCUGGAGACUGGGAGAUCGACGUGGAGAGCCUGGAGCUGGAGGAGGACGGCUGCGGGGGGCCGCCGUCCACGCCGCCCGGACCCAGCCCGCCACCGGCCGACGGCGAGGACGACGAAGAGGAAGACGACGCGGAGGAAGACGCGGAGGAAGAGGGCUAUGGCGAGGAGGCGGGCACGCCGCCGGAGGUGCCGGGCCGGCCGGAGUCGCAGGGAAAACAGCUGCCCAGGCCUGCGCCGGCGCCGCCGGCCUUGCCCGCCGCGGCCGGGGCCUCGGAGCGCGCCGCGAACGCGGGCGGCGUCGCGGAGCCGCGCAAGCUGAGCCGCACGCCCAAGUGCGCGCGCUGCCGCAACCACGGCGUGGUGUCGUGCCUCAAGGGCCACAAGCGCUUCUGCCGCUGGCGCGACUGCCAGUGCGCCAACUGCCUGCUGGUGGUGGAGCGGCAGCGCGUCAUGGCCGCCCAGGUGGCGCUCCGGAGGCAGCAGGCCACCGAGGACAAAAAGGGGCUUUCUGGGAAACAGAAUAAUUUCGAGCGCAAGGCCGUGUACCAGAGACAAGUCAGGGCGCCCAGCUUGCUGGCCAAAAGCAUUUUGGAAGGCUAUCGUCCCAUUCCCGCGGAGACUUACCUAGGAGGAACUUUACCUCUGCCUCCCCCAGUUAGUGACAGGAUGAGGAAAAGAAGGGCCUUUGCCGAUAAAGAGUUGGAGAACAUUAUGCUGGAGAGAGAAUAUAAAGAGAGGGAAAUGUUGGAAACCUCCCAAGCUGCUGCUUUGUUCCUGCCUAACCGCAUGGUGCCUGGACCUGACUACAACUCCUACAAGAGUCCUUAUAGCCCCACCCCGGUGGAACCAGCAAGCAAAGACUUCUGCAAUUUUUUGCCCACCUGCCUUGAUCUAACCAUGCAGUAUUCAGGGUCUGGGAAUAUGGAACUAAUUUCUUCUAAUGUAAGCGUGGCCACAACUUACAGACAGUAUCCCUUGUCUUCAAGGUUUUUAGUUUGGCCCAAGUGUGGCCCCAUUAGUGACACCCUCCUCUACCAGCAAUGCCUCCUAAAUGCUAGCACCUCAGUGCAAGCCCUGAAACCUGGGACCAGCUGGGACUUCAAGGGGACGCGAGUCCCGGAUGAACACGGUGCAGACCAUGACAUGAUGCCGCUGAAACUGGGAGGUUCCCUGGUGCUGCCUCACACGCCCGAGGUCCAGACCUCCAGAAGUGACCUUCAGGCUCACCAGGCUGUCCCCGAUAGGUCUGCAUUCUCCCCACCCCAGCGGAAUUUCUCUCCAAUUGUUGACACGGACUCUCUGGCUGCUCAAGGGCACGUCUUAACCAAGAUCAGCAAAGAAAACAGCAGGCACCCUCUGCCACUUAAACAUAAUCCAUUCCACUCGUUGUUCCAGCAAACGCUUCAUGACAAAUCAGGCCCUGAGUUGAAAACCCCAUUUGUCAAAGAGGCCUUUGAAGAGACCCCAAAGAAACACAGAGAAUGUUUAGUCAAGGAAAACCAGAAGUACACAUUUACAAUAGAUAGAUGUGCCAAAGACCUUUUUGUAGCCAAACAAGUUGGAACAAAACUCGCAGUAAAUGAGCCGCUGUCGUUUUCUGUUGAGUCUAUUCUUAAGAGGCCUUCGUCUGCCAUCACUCAUGUCUCUCAAUGAAAGCUGCUAAAUGGAAAGCUGGAUUUUCUGUAGUCUCAGAGGUUCUUGCUAUUUGCUCAUGUUUUUUAAAAGUGAAGAUGUUUGUAUAAAGAAAUUUCUAAUGUAAAUGAUGAUGAUUUCUAGAAAUUCUAUAUAUUCCUAUGCAUGUACUUUUUCUUACCACGUAAAUAUAUUUAAACUUAAAGAUGAAAAUUGCCUAAUGUACAGAUUGUAAAGUUCUAUGUUUUACAUAGCAUUUCAAAAAGCAAUAAAGUUGACACUGUCUUCUAAAAGACCUAGAUCUUGCUGAAGCAAAAAGCUGUCUCUCUAAAUGAAAAAGCUACUGUCUAUGGAGUAUGUUCUUUAUUUUUCUGUGAUUCUGUGCAUUUUCAGGUGCUCUUACUUGUCCCUGGGGACCACAGGAGACCACUUACAAUGUUUAUGUUUUGUACUUUGGAAAGCAUAUAAAUUUAGCUGUUCAAGACUAAGGCAAAAAAUAGCUUUAAAAAGAACAUAGAGCUAUUUGCAUGUUUACUGAGUCUUAAUUUCAUGACUGGAUGAAGUUGAAUUAAUUUGAAAGGAAGUCAAGUGUAGUAUUUGGAUAAUGGUGAGAGGUGGCAGUGUAUGUGUGGGGGGCUCAGAUCUUCUAUCUGGAGAUAGAAGCUUUCCUUUGACCAUUAAUAAUUCUUUUGGAUAUUCUAGAGUUUUAGCUUACUGGGACCAACAAAGCAGAUUCCCUCGUAAGGUGUGGUCAGUUCUGCCCCAAUUGUGCUCCCAGCUCUUGUCCACUGUUGUCACAGGACUGGUGGCAGUAGGCAUUUAGAUGCAGACCCAGUCACAGCUCGCAGGGGGUCCCUGAGUAUCUAGCUUUUUGGCUCCCACAUUUGCAGCAGAGUAAAACCUUUCAGUGUAGCUUUCUUCUGAGAUAAAAACAUUCACCAUUCAAAUUG